AUGCCACCUCGACGAAGUGUGCCUGCUGGUAACGACGACUACAUCUCAGCAAUGGAUCGUAUGGCCCAAGCGAUGGAACAAAUGGCUGGGUUUAUGCUGGCUCAGCAAACCCAGAACCAAAACCAAGGGCAACCAUGGGUUGACUUUGCUAAAGCAAUAGCAAACCGAAAACCACCGUAUUACGCUGGAGAAAAAGACCCGGUGAUCUUGGAGGAAUGGAUCCGGACGUUCGACAAAUUGCUUAAUGCAAUAAACUGUCCUAUGGAUCAGCGAGUACCGUCCGCAGUCUAUUACCUGACGAAAGCUGCAGACAACUGGUGGGCAACACAAAAGGGAGCAACCAUCCAAGAAUACCAUGACAAAUACGUGGAGCUGAUGCGUUUCGCUCAAGAAAUCGUGCCUGACGAGGCGAGUAAGGCAAGAAGAUUCAUCCGUGGACUGGACUGGGACGUAAGAAGUGUGAUCGCACCAUUUAUGUGCUCUACUCUAAAGGAGGCAUACGAUAGGGCAUCGGAUCACUAUCAGGUGUAUUUGGACCAACAGGAAGUUUACGACUGA